AUGGCUCUCCUCCGUCCCAGGCUCAGUCUGAGUCUGGCGAGCUGUCCUGCCGUGGGAUCGUCCUCGCGUACGCUGGGUCGAGGUAUCCGCACAGGCUCACCGCCUCGACGUCCAUCCGAUCCAGAGGACGAAGAAGGGCCAGUCAUUGAGCUCGGCAGUCCUCCCCCUCCGCCCCCGCCUCCGUCAGAAACACCCCGCGCAUACUCUUACACCAAUGGGUAUUCUGGACGGUCCGAGAAGGGCCACGAUGCGCCUAAAUACGACGCGCCUCACAAUGCGCCUAAAUACGACGCGCCUCACAAUGCGCCCAGAUACGACGCGCCUCGCUACGACACCCCCGCCUACCCCCCUCACAACCCCGCCUAUCCUCCUCACAGUGCCAGCUACGAGCCUCCCAAGGUCGAGCGCGAUCCUCCCCAGCUCGAGCGGGACAGCGAAGUCACUGCCCCCUCGGACGUGCGCGUCAAAGUCGAAGGCGCGCCCCGGACCGAGGACAAGCCCACCGAGGCGCCGAUCCUCCUCUCUGCCGAUGCGCCGCCACUGAACGUCCCGCGUAUCGCCGCUCCACCACCCGACUCGCCUCCCGAACCUCCACAAUUCUCCGACUCCACGUCGUCCGCCUCCGAAGCAACGCCCGCCAAGGAGGAAUGGGAGCGCAAGUACGAGGAGCUACAGGCGGCGUACGCCAAGAAGAUGGAUGAACUGCGUGCGGUAAUGGACGAGAGGAGGAAGAAACUCGCCAUAAAGACGGGAGAAACGCUCGCUCUGGUCAGCCAAAAGGUCAACGAGGUGACGGGGUACCGCGAGGUCGAGCGACUCAAGCAGAGCGUCAAGGAUCGGGAACAACAGAUCAAGGAGGGGCGGACAACCGUUCGGGAAGCCAAAAAAGCGUACGAGGACGCAGUCGCGACUCUCUCAAGCACGCAGCAGAGCGUCAACGCCCUUCUUGAGAGAAAGCAUUCCUGGAGCGACCAGGACGUCGCGACGUUUACGAAACUCGUUCGCUCGGACCAUGCCAGUCGCGCCGCGGUCGCGAGCACCAACGACGCGCUGAAGAAUGCCGAGCUGGAUGUCGACAAGGCCUUCACUGGCCUCAUGCAGUCAAUCCUCGAGCGAUACCACGAGGAGCAGGUCUGGAGUGACAAGAUCCGUUCAGUGAGCACUUGGGCACAAGUCGCCGCCCUCGUGGCCAACUUGAUCGUGUUUAUGAGUGCGAUCGCUUUCAUCGAGCCAUGGAAGCGCCGCCGCCUCGUCCAAGGACUCGAGGAGCGUGUCAGCGGCAUGAUGGGCCGCGUCGAAGGCGAGAUCCAAGGGCUGGCGGACAAGGUCGGCGAGUUGGAUACCAAGAUCGCAGCGGCGGCCGUCGUGGCGGCGACCACAAUGCCUGCGGGGGUGGCGGAUGUGAUUGGCGGAGAGGUGGUUGGCGAGGGCGAGGCUGCGCUGGUCGGCGAUUCGGAGGCGCAGGCCCAAGCCGUCGCCGCCUUGGUGAACAGCCUUCUCGCCGACGCUCUCUCUUCUGAAGAAGCAGUCGAGUCGCCAUUGCAAGUCAUCUCUGAUGGUGACUCGUACUCGGCCCGAGCGAUUCAGUGGACCACAGCGCAGUUGGGCCACAUUGCCGCUCCGAGCCCCGAACGCGACUUAGCGGCAGCGGGUUUGUUGGGUGCGGCAGCGGGCGCCACUGUUAUUGGGUUGUGCUCGCUCAUUGCGGGACUGCUUAGAUCAUAA